AUGGAGGUGACGCCGCCGCAGCAGCCAGCGCCACAGGCGGAUGACAUCGAGUACCUGGCCAGCGGCACGCUGGCACGGCGGGGCACGGGCGAGGCGGCGGCGGCAGCCUCCUCCCGACGCCAAUACGUCUACCGCAAGAAUGCCGACUACGACAGCCUCAUAGAGGCCUGCAGCCGCAAGCUGGUGGCACAGCCCAACAACGUGCGGGCGCUGAUGAUCCGGGCCAACAGCUACAGGAAGAAGGGGUUGCUGGAGACUGCGUUGCACGACUACGGCGCGGUGCUGCGGCACGAGCCCGGCCACGUAGACGCCGCCUACCAGCGCGGCGCGGUGUGCCAGCAGCUGGGCAGCACGGAGCAGGCCAUUCGCGACUUCAGCCUGGUGCUGCGCCUGGACCCAAACCACGCCAAGGCGGCAUACUCGCGCGCCGCGUGCAACAGCCUGGUGGGGCGGUACGACGAGGCCAACGCCGACUAUGAACAGGCGCUGGCGGCAGAUGCCACGCUGCCCGACCGGCGGCGGCACCGCCCGCCAGGCAGCACGCCCGGCAUCAAGUCGGUGGGCAGCCUGGGCAGCCUGCGCGGCUCACCCGCCAGCACCUGCUCGCUGCCGCCCAACACUGGCCGGGCGGGGGUGGGCAGCACGCCUGGCAGCACUGGCGGCGGGGCGCGGGUACGUGGCAGCAAGUCGUGGCAGGCAGAGGCGGCGCCAGCUGUGUCACACUUCAACAUUGCUGCCGUGCUCAGGCCCGGCACGGCAGCGGCACAGCCUGGCAGUGGCGCAGCGCGGGGGCCGGCAGUGCUCGCUGCCAAGCAGCAGGUAGCAGCCUCCGCAGCGGGCCAGGGAGCAGCAGGCGGGCCUGGCUCAAAGGAGCAGCAGCAACCUCAGCAGGAGGGGCCUGGACGUGUGCAGGUGGCGAUUGGCGUGGACGCCACGCAGCGGGCGCAGCAGCAGCAGCCCGGCGACGCCGCAGUGGCGCCCGGGCAGCCUGCGGAUGGCGACGACCCCUCCAGCUGGCUGCCCUCGGUGCACACCCGCCUGGCCAGCAUCAGCCUGCAGGACGCCGGCUGCAGCUCGGUGCCGCUUGAGGUCGCCUCGCCGCUGCGUGGCGGCAGCAGCAGCGGCAGCCAGCCCGCCGCCCCCGCCGCCCAGCAGCGGCCGGCGCAGCAGGGGCAGCAGGGGCCGACGGCGGACGAGCACCACGCGCGAGGGUAUGCGCUGCGCAAGGAGGGCGACUUUGAGGGUGCGGUACGCGAGUACAGCGCGGCGCUGGCGCUGGACCCGGCGCACUUCAAGUGCCUCUUCAACCGAGCCUUCUCCCUGGACAAGCUGGGGCGGUACGACGCGGCGCUGCGGGACUACGAGGCAGCCCUGGGCCUGGAGCCGGGCAGCAGCUACGCGCACUACAACGCUGGCAUCGUGCGGGACAGGCUGGGGCAGUACGCCGCCGCCGUGGCCGCCUUCUCCGCCGCCAUUGCGCUGGAGCCCCGCAACGCCGACUUCUACCAUAACCGCGGCUUUUCGUACCGCAAGAUGGAGCGGUACGAGGAUGCAGUGGCAGACUACACCCGCGCGGUGCAGUUCAACCCCGCCCACACCAAGGCGUACUACAACCGCGCCGUGGCGCUGGAGCGCCUGCGCCGCUACCAGGAUGCCGCAGCAGACUACAGCCUGGUGCUGCGGCUGGACCCGCGCAACGCCCCCGCCCUGCAGAACCGCGGCACGGUGUGGCUGCGGCUGGGGCGGCUGGGCGAGGCGCGGGCAGACCUGGAUGCCGCGCUGCGGCUGGACAGUGGCGCGGCGGCGUCCUGGCACGCGCGGGGCGAGGUGCUGGAGCGCCUGGGACAGGUGCAGGCGGCGCUGGCAGACCUGCAGAGGGCAUGCGAGCUGGACCCCGCCCAUCCCGCCUACCUGCGCAGCCUGGGCCUGGCCCUGCGCAACUGCGGGCGGCACGAGCAGGCGGUCGGGGUGCUGGGCAGGGUGCUGCAGCUGCAGGCGGACGACGAGGCGGCGCUGCAAGCGCGCGGGUUCUGCCUGCGCAAGGCGGGCAGCUUCGCGGCGGCAGCCGAGGACUAUGGGCGCCUGAUUGCGCUGGGCCACGCCACCGUGCGCAACUUCAACAGCCGCGCCUACUGCCACGCCUCCCUUGGAAACUACGCCCAGGCAGUGGCUGACUACUCGGAGGCGAUACAGCUGGACCCCGAAAACGUGCACGCUUUCUUCAAUCGCGGCAUCAGCCACGAGAAGCGCGGCAGCCACGCGGCGGCGGUCGACGACUUCACCGCCUGCAUCCGCCUCGACCCCACCAACGCUGUGGCCUUCUACAACCGCGCCUCCUGCUUCGACGCCCUGGGGCAGUACGAGCGUGCGGUGGGGGACUACAGGCGAGCGCUGGAUGCGGAGAAGUAG